AUGUCCAUGAAUCUCGGAUGCAAGGAGUUCCUGCGAGCGAUUCCGCCCCAGAUUUUGCGACGCGGCAAGGCUGACUACAGCAAAACGAUUUGCAAUCUGAGGAUCAACAAGGAAACCAAGGUUCUAGUGCAAGGAUUCACUGGCAAACAGGCCACUUUUCACUCCGAGGAGUCCAUCAAGUAUGGCACCAAUAUUGUGGGUGGUGUGAAUCCCAAAAAGGGCGGUACGGAGCAUCUGAAGAAACCCGUUUUUAAGUCCGUGGCCGAGGCAGUUGAGAAAGUAAAACCAGAUGCCACGGUGAUCUUUAUACCGCCGCCAUCGGCCGCCGAGGGAAUUUGCUCGGCCAUCGAGAGUGAAAUUGGUCUGAUUGUGUGCAUCACCGAGGGAAUUCCCCAGGCGGAUAUGGUGAGGAUCUCGCAGAUGCUCAAGUGCCAGGAGAAAUCCCGCCUGCUGGGACCCAACUGCCCGGGAAUCAUCUCGCCGGAUCAGUGCAAGAUCGGCAUAAUGCCGGGUCACAUUCACAAGCGCGGAGUGGUGGGCAUAGUCUCCAGAUCGGGAACCUUGACCUACGAAUCGGUUCACCAGACCACCAAUGUGGGUUUGGGUCAGGCCCUUUGCAUUGGCCUGGGCGGAGAUCCCUUUAACGGCACGAGCUUUAUCGAUGCCCUCAAGGUCUUUCUGCCCGACAAGGAGAUCAAGGGGAUUAUAAUGAUCGGUGAGAUCGGUGGAUCGGCGGAGGAGGAGGCCGCCGAAUAUCUAAAGGAGCACAAUACGGGAUGCGAGGCCAAGCCGGUGGUUGGCUUCAUCGCCGGUCAGACUGCUCCGCCCGGCCGUCGUAUGGGUCACGCUGGCGCCAUUAUUGCGGGUGGCAAGGGGGCGGCCAAGGACAAGGUCGCCGCCCUGGAGAAAGCCGGCUGCCGCAUGACCCCCAAUCCCUGUCAUCUGGGGACCACACUUCUCGAGGAGAUGAUCCGCCUGAAGCUGGUGCCCAAGCCAGAUGAGAAGAAGAAGGCUCAGGCUGGCAAGAAGUAGGAGUGGCGGAAAAAUAUUUUGGUCUCUUCAAAAAUCAAACUUAUAGGUUUUAAAAAAUAUAUAACUAAAAGAAUGUA